UGAAAAAAAAUAUUCAUCACUUCAUCAUCUCCUUCCCCCUCUUCUUCUGCGUCUCCAAAUUCUAAUUUUUUUGUCGAAAAACAAACAUAAAAAUUAUAUUUUUAUUCUUGUAUUACUCUAAAUGUUUGAGCUAUGGAUUUGAUUCCUGCAAUUUCCACCGCCGCUGCCGCCAUUACCACAGGCGGAGGAGGAGCUGUGAAAUCCCCUGAAUUUGACGCGGAAACACCCAUCAAAUUCCAACCAACCACCAAAUCUCACUCCUUCACCAAUGGUGUCCUCAAGCGCCACCACCACACGCCGCCCCCGCCUCCGUCGCUGGUCUACAAAGAAUGCCUCAAGAAUCACGCUGCCAGUAUGGGCGGCCAUGCUUUGGACGGCUGCGGCGAGUUCAUGCCGUCCCCUACCGCUACUACCACAGAUCCAACCUCUUUCAAAUGCGCCGCCUGUGGCUGCCAUCGGAAUUUCCACCGCCGUGACCCGGAAGAUACAAUCGCCACUCCGACAACAACUCAUGUCAUUGAGUAUCAACCCCACCACCGUCAUCAUCCGCCGCCGCACAGAAGCCCAAACUCUGCCUCUCCUCCACCGAUCUCCUCCUCGUACUACCCUUCAGCACCCCACAUGCUUCUCGCCUUAUCCGGCGGCAUGACAGAGAACGCCGGUGGCGGAUUCCACCACUCAAUUCUGACGCCGAGUUCGAAUUCGAGAAAACGAUUCAGAUCGAAAUUUACUCAAAAUCAAAAGGAUAAAAUGUAUGAAUUUGCAGAGAAAGUAGGAUGGAAGAUUCAGAAACGAGACGAGGAUUUGAUUCAAGACUUCUGUAGCCACGUCGGAGUCGACAGAGGCGUUCUCAAAGUCUGGAUGCAUAACAACAAGAACACUCUCUGUAAAAAAGACAACGCCCAAAACAUCAACGGCCACGGCGAUGGAGACAACGACACAAAAAUUAACCGCGCCGGCGCAAAUGGGUCAUCAUCUUCCUCUUGAUCUGAAUAAAUUAUUAGUCCAUAGAAGAGUAAUUUCUUAUCUUUCUUUUUUUCUGCUCUGUUUUUGUUAAUUUCAAGUUCAUUCUCUAAUUACAUUCAAAUAUCCAAAUUUCCCACUCCAAACACUAA